CACGGUUGUUAACUGAGUGUAGUAUAUUGUAGUAUUCUUGAAGUGACUGUAGCGUGAUGCGCACGAGUUGACAGUGAUAACAGAUAACAGAUGCUUAAGGUAAACAGAGUGAAGUGAUUAAUUGCUCCAUAAAGAAAAACCGGUGAUAUCACUGUAGGUGGCAAUGAGAAAAGAAGAGAACAGAUAGAGACUACAAAACAAUAUCAAAGCCAUUAAAAAGAUGACAAUGGAGAAGCAAGCCGCCCCGCCGCAAAUUCGCGAUGUCGCCGACUCGUACAGCUCAAAGGUCGACUUGGCGUGUAAUGGAUCCCGGGAGGACUUGGAGCCAUACGUGCCGGCUGAACAUAGGCCUCUCACUUCUAGCACAUCGAGCUUCGGGGCUCUAGCACAUCUGUUGAAGGCGUCGCUGGGGUCCGGGGUGCUGGCCAUGCCGCUCGCCUUCAAGAACGCUGGUCUGGUUGUCGGCUGCUUCGGCACUGUCAUCAUAGGCUUCAUAUGCGCACAUGUUAUACAUGUUCUGGUAAAAACUUCGCAGCAGCUUUGUAUAGAGACGAAGAAACCGGCCUUAGGCUACGCGGACACGUGCGAUCUCGUCUUCCAGAAUGGACCGAAACCAGUGAGAAAAUUCGCUCCAUUUGCGAGAGAAUUGGCUGACUGGGCAUUGGCGCUGACUCAUUUGGGUGCUUGUUGCGUGUAUGCUGUCGUAAUAGCGGAAUCAUUUAAGCAGAUUUCUGACGUAUACGGCGGUCCACUAUGGUCCGUGAAGAUAUACUGUGCCUUGACGCUAGUGAUCCUGGUACCGCUGUGCCAGAUCACCAAGCUUAAGUACCUGGUGCCGUUCUCAGCCAUCGCCAACGUGGUUUGGCUAGUGUCAAUCUGCAUCAGCAUAUACUACUGCCUCCGAGACUCUGCCCAAAUUUCUGAAAGAAACCUCGCCACUUCGGUUUCUGGAAUACCUACUUUCAUAAGCACAUGCCUCUUCGCCAUGGAGGGUAUUGGCGUGGUGAUGCCCAUAGAGAACGAGAUGUCAAAGCCGCAGCAUUUCCUGGGUUGUCCCGGUGUCCUCAACAUCGCCAUGUCCGCAGUGGUCGUGCUCUACGGCUUCGUCGGCUUCACUGGCUACCUCAGCUUCGGUGAAAGCGUCAGAGGGAGUCUGACCUUGAAUCUACCUCAGGAUGAAGUCCUAGCACAGACCGCAAAGGUCCUCGUGGCGAGCGUGAUGAUCCUGUCGUACGCGUUGGUUUAUUACGUCCCCGUGGACGUGGUCUGGCGCAGGGUCCAGGACAAGAUACCCGCGAGGCACCACCGGUGGAGUAUGGCCCUGCUGAGGCUUGGAGGCGUGCUGUUGACAGUGGGUAUCGCGACAGCUGUACCACGUCUAGAACUCUUCAUGGAGUUGGUAGGCGCUGUGUGCCUCUCCAUCAUGGGGCUGCUUCUGCCGGCCGUUACCGAGACCGUGUGGAGGUGGGGCAAGGACCUGGGCCGCUUUCACUGGAUCCUCAUAAAGAACGUGCUUAUCUCACUGUUCUCCAUCAUAGCCAUGGUGUCCGGAGUAGCGUACGCCAUCAUAUCCAUGCUGGAAAAUCUGUGAUCACAAAGCUCCCAUCGUGGGGCUGUUUCCAGCAGUCUCGGUCCAGACGCUCUCAUGUCUGGAGGUGGGGCAAGGACCUGGGCCGCUUCCACUGGGUCCUAUAAAGAACAUGCUCAUCUCACUGUUCUCCAUCAUAGCCAUGGUGUCCGGAGUAGAAUAUGCCGUCAUAUCCAUGUUGGAAAAUCUGUGAUCGUCAAGCUACUGUACUUGAUACUAUGUAUAUAUUUAUGACUGCACUCAGAGGAGUCAAUGGGGCCGAUUCUGACUGAAACUAAAUAAAUUUUCAUUUUCUGUAGAGCAUAUAAAGGAUAUACGAGGAGCUGGCGAACAAAACGGUAUAACUA